CAUAAUGCGAGGGUAUUCAUGUAAAUCUUGUAUCCACUGAGCCAGAUGAGUCAGAGGUGCAGUUCUGGCUGCUGUAUGUGGUUGUAGCCUGUGGUAGUCUGGACCACAGCAGCACCCGUGGUUUGUACACAGUGCACUCUCUCUCAGGUGGCCUGCAGCGGUAUCGCACUCGCCGAGCUGCUUAUUCAUGUGCCACAGCAGGGUUACUCGUGUUUCACGUGCACCACGCUCUGCAGAGGUGAGCUGUGACUAAAUGCUGUACUUUAAGGAACAUUAGUGAUUACGUUGUCUCAUUCUGGGUAUUGAAAGCCAUCCUGAAUGUAAAAAGCAUCACUCUGCUGUCAGUCAGAACGCUCUAAUGAAGUGAUGUGCAGUAGGUGGAAGUAUCUGGAGCACCAGGCCAGAGAGGUUAAACACAGUGCAGUUUCUGUACCAUAUACUUUAUUAUCUUUGCUUCUUUAGUCUUCUGUAAAAGUCUUUAUUGUGCAUUUGUUUUCCUCUGCUCUGUGAAUCCAUCACCUACAACAUGGUUUCUAUGGAUGGCAGUCCAGGCCGUGUUUUCCCUAAAAUACUUCCUGAUGCCGUUACGAUCCUCCUGCUGACCUUAAAGCGGCCGCUGGCAUUCAGGGAAUUUGCCGAGCUCACCAGAGACCAGAGAACGGUACACGGUGUGUGCGAUGCUGUGUGUACUUGUGUCAGCGGUUUGUGUUACGACAGAGGAAGGAAGGAGAAGAAAGAUGGAAGAGAUAAUCAUCCACCCUCCUCUCCCCUGCGUCUCAGUGAUACGUACUGUAAUAUUUUACAUUUUCUUAUCCCGAGCGAGUCGGCUCGAGGCCACGUUGAUAGGAUGCUGUUCUCUUAUGAUUCUCGUGUGCUUCUGUGUUUGUCGUCAUACAGGAUAUCCUGUAUUGCGGCUCAGGAGUCUUCUGCAUUGGUGGCUUUAGUAGUAUUUUGGUUCUGUGCACCCACACAACCUGUUUACUUCAAAACUGGAGUAAAUUUGAACAACUAAACAGCAUAGACGUGUUCUGUGGUACGAAGUGACUGUCAAACAGGCGUCAAGGGAAGGCUGUAAAAACUUUGACAGAGUGUGUGGUUGCCAUCAGUGUCCUGAUUCACAUGUGAGGAGGAAGAGGAGUUAUCGUCUGUCUGAAAGGAUGAGCAGAAACACUUUGCGCCUCGUUCUGCUCGUUCCUUCAUCGUACCUCGCCGUUCUCUCGCUCCUGCGUCGUUUCUUGCGUUGGCGUAUUUAUCUUUCCCGCUCUUCCUCUCUCUCUCUUGUGAGAGAAACUGUACGAGCUGAGCACAGACUUUCUUUUUUUGGCACUUUGCUCAAACAAAAACACAAACUGUGGCAGCCAAUCAGAAACAUGCAGAGUGUGGCUUAUGGGAUAAUUGGCCACAAAGUGCCGCCGUGAUCGAACGAGCGUUUGUGCUUACUUUGGAAUGUUAGGCUCACGGACUCGUUAUCGUGCAGAACGUGCUGAAGUUGUUCACGUUGGCCUUACAGUUGAGACUGAAGAUGGAAACGGAGAAUUCAGGGAUUGAAAACUUUUUGGGAGCAGUGAGGAACCAAAACAUGAAAGUAGUGACUGAUAUCUGUGAUAUAAACGUCAUAGCAGAGAAACUUUUCUCAGCCCUUCUCGAGCUGUUCCACAUUUUCUUUUGAACUUGUAAAAUAGAUUUCCUCCCCGUGGAAAGAGGUGUGAGCAGAUUAACACAAAAAGGGCCUCAAAGAAAACCGUAAGAGGAGAAAGGAGUCUUGCUGCCCACUCCCACCAGCUGACCCACAGGUCACAUGUUACACAAGCUUGAAUAUGUCACGUUACACAACGCCACAUGAAAUCUCAUAACCGGGCAUGCCAGGCCACGUUUGGUUAUGCCAGUCGUGUCGCAAAACCAAACCUUCCACUAAUCUAUGGACUUGUUACGCUCUCAGCCGUCCCACACGCUCACUGAUGACUGUGACCGUCUGUUAGUCAUGUUUCUAACAGGCGAGAUCAAAGAUGAGAGAAGGAAGCAGCCACUCUGAACAUAUCUGAUUUUCCACUCAUGAGAAGUUAAACCAUUUGAUUUGUAAACGAAAGGCCGUUGGACCUAGUAGCCAUCUUUGUGGGGGCGACAUGCUAGCACCGCUUUAGCUAAUGGGCAGAACGGCCCCCCAGCACUUCUUUCUCUUCACCACCCCCCCUUCUACAUAUUUUCUGCCGACGUUUAAAUCGGAUCAACCAAAUUCUAUAAGCUGCUUAAAACGGGGAAGGAAUUCACCGGCACCUCGGCUUGAUGAACACAACGGGGUAGUGGGGUGGCUCAGCCUUUCUGGGGAUCAGCAAUUUAAAUUUCUAGCCUUCUUAAACGUUCAUCGGAGCACAGCUGGAGUUACUAAGAAAGCAAAACUUUAAUGAACUGAGAGGAAGAGAGGAGAAGGCUGUGUUUGUGUAAAAGGGCAGAAUCAUUUAUAGAGACAGCUGUAGCUUGUCAAAGAAAGGCUGAGUGAAGAAUUAUUACGUUAUUAUUACAUUAUUAUUACAUUAUAACCGUAUUAAAGGGGUUUGUCUCGGUAAAUAGUAAAUGUAGCAGUUACUGGAGCGUGUGCACCUGAAGGUCCGUGUUUAGUGUUUGAAUCCUUUAGCACAGCUGCUGUAGUGUUCAGGAAACGUUCUGCAGGCUCGUUGAAGGACCGUCAGAGCUCUUCUUUGGAUGCUGGUCGCCUUUUUGUUCGGUUCUCUGUCAGGACGGUCCCACACUGCUUCAGUAAUGCUGAUGUCUGGGGAGGCCCAUCCAUGACUGGCAGCUUUGCACUGUGGCUGAAGUGCAGAAAAGCAUGACAGAGCCUGUGGUUUUAUGCUUGAAUAACUCAUAGGUGUUGCGUGAUUUAGCAAAGAAAACCAUAUUCCUCUGAUAAUGAUCAAGGUCUGGGCUGAAAACGAGUUAUUGUGCAAAGACAAACAGUCCAGCCUGUGAGGUUUUAAACUCCUGGGUGGAUCACAAAGACCAACUUUGCCUACAUAACCUGCCUCGCUGCUGUGCAGUGUGUGGCUGCAGACUCACUACUGUGCUUUGUGCUGCCCAGCUCAUGUCUGAGGAGACCGUCACAGUUAUGCUGACGUUUCACGGCCUUUAAGGUGUCGCAGAUAAAUACAACAAAAUAAAACCAGUACCACAAAAAGAAGAUUUAUUCCCAACACACAGGAAAAGACCCAGCAAAACUGAGUUAACAAUAAAAACCCUGAAAAACAUAAAUGUCACACUCGAGCUUCGACUCUCGCGGACCGGUACCAAACGACUCGCAGACCAGUACCGGGGGCUGGGGACCGCUGGUUAUGUAAUCAGGGAAAAUGGAAACAUCUGCACCACAGCAGUCCGGUCACUGUGGACCAGCCAAACCCAUCGUUCCCAUUGGUCAGCUCUGUUCGGUCUCAUCCUCAGUGCCUUGGCGUCGGUUACUUAUUCAGUUGGAGUGAAACGCAGACCCGUCUCUAGUCCUGGCUGGUUAGCUAGCAAAUAUUAACUUUUAACUACUUCAUUUCACUUAAACUUUAACUUUGACUUAUAAAGGAGUGAAAGAGUAAUUUGACACCAGGAUUUAAAUGAGUGUUUUUCAGUAAAAGUAACCGUUUAGCUCUGGCUAUUGCUUCAUUGAGUGGAUAAGACUGAGAGAAUAACUGAUAGAAGGCAAACUGUAGACUCUGAAGCUCCAAAGACGCUUAAAGAAAAAGAAAAGCAGGCGCUUGUUCGUGCCUAUGUGGGUUUCUCGUGCAGAGUUCAGCUCUGGGUCCUUUCAGAGAACAUUAAGCGUGUUCGGGCGUCUUCCAGGACAGCUCUGUAUUUGCUGUCACUUCACUUCCUGGGUUGUGCUGUUGGAGCGAUGCGCAACACAGACCGUCAUGUCACUGUGGUUGAUCUGACAACUUCCUUCCUGUGUCCCCUAACCUCUCACGUAAACAGUGCAGAUGUGUGAACGAGCCUUUAUCUGUAUUUUUGUUACCAGCUGCAGGAAACAGAAAUGUGCAGCCUGAAAAGAGCUGCAGAUAGAUGAGGACAGGCAGCGAUAGCGAGAGAGGCACAAAUGAGAGAAGAGAGGAGGCAGCAACAGGGAAGUACUCACUCAGUGGAGGGGAAGAAAAAGCAAACUCAUCGUCCUCUGUCACACACUUCUAGCGUUACAGAGAGAAACAAACAGGUGUGUUGUACUGCUCUCUCGCUGCCCCCACCUCUCCUCCUCUCACUGGGCGGGGCUCGGCUCCUGAGGGACUCGCAGGCAGCCGCUCGCCGCCUCCUCACUGCCAGGAACAAAACCUGUCGGCUGCACUCUCCCGCUUUUCCUCCUCCUUGCUGCCGGGAGCAAGCGGGAGUCAAGAUGAUGCAGGAGGUGUCUAUCAUGGUGGCGUACGAUGCUCAUGUAGUCGACCGACCGGGUGAGGAGGACGCCUUGGCGUGCUUGGUUGCCCAUUCCAGACCUCGCCGAGCUCCCAGACCAGUGGUCCCGACCAAAAAGCUGAAGAAGUUUGAGAAGGAAUAUCAGACUCUGAGAGAGAGCCAGCUGCAACAAGAAGACCCCAUCGAACGCUACCAGAGAGAGAACCGUCGCCUGCAGGAGGCCAGCAUGCGACUUGAACAGGAGAACGAUGACCUGGCACACGAACUGGUCACCAGUAAAAUCGCCCUUCGGAACGACCUUGACCAGGUAGAAGACAAGGCCGAUGUUCUGAACAAAGAGUUGCUGACCACCAAGCAACGUCUGGUGGAGACGGAGGAGGAGAAGAAACGACACGAGGAGGAGACGGCUCAGCUGAAGGAGGUGUUCAGGAGGGAGCUGGAAAAAGCAGAGCUGGAAAUCAAGAAAACCACAGCAAUCAUAGCUGAAUACAAACAGAUCUGCUCCCAGCUGAGCACCAGGCUAGAAAAACAACAGGCGGCAACAAAAGAGGAGCUGGACAUCGUCCGGAACAAAGUGAUGGGCUGUCAGAACUGCAGGGACAUGUUUAGCUCAGUCGGGUCCCUCCAGACUUCGUCUCCUGGUGGUGACAAGACGUCUUCAGAGCCACACGACGAGGAGAAGGACGGACUGAAGGAGCAGCUGAGACAGCUGGAGCUGGAGCUGGCGCAGACCAAACUGCAGCUGGUGGAGGCAAAGUGCCGCAUUCAGGAGCUCGAGCAUCAGCGGGGAGUUCUGAUGACCGAGAUUCAAGCCAAUAAGAACUCUUGGUUCAGCAAGACUCUGGGGUCCCUGAAGAGCUCUGCGUCCUCUUCCUCCAGCUCCACAUCCCAGACCCCGUCCUCUCCGAAGGAAGGCACUGCCUAGAUCAAGCUCCUUCGCCCUCCCUCGCCCCGCAGGAUGCACACUAGAGCUGAGGAACACAAGCCGAAGAAGCAAGAAGCGCAAAAAUGCAGUAUUCCUUUUUCAGUAGGCAGAAACAGGGAGCUUCCUGGACCGCAAAUAGCCCAAAACUGUGGGAAGAACCAGGUGGGGGGACUGAAUGAACCAUCUGCCUGAGUUUGAGGGAAAUAUGAACCUUCUCCACUUCACAGUGGAUCAGAGCAGACGGGGCGAAGAAGUUCAGUGCUGGAACCUGGUUGGGUCUCUUCGCUCCACCUUGUGGCCAGAUGGCGCUAUUGCAGCAAUAUUGUGUGAAGUUUCCUGGUAGCUUGAAAGUAAAGCGGAGUUCAACAUUGUGUUGUGAUCACAGGCGUCUCAUACGUUUAAGCCUCAGUGCAGAAAUAGCCCACACGUGCUCUGAGAAAGGAAUACUGCAUACAAGUGAGAUAAUACGAAACUUGUAUUUCUUUAUAUUAAUGUAACGUAAACAAUGUUGUCUUAUAAAUAUGUAUAACUGAUUAGUAAUUUUUUUUUUAAUAAUCUUGUACAGAAAAAACACACGAGGCAAAGUUCUUAAAUUUCUUUUCUACUCUUUGAAUGUCAUCUCUUCAGAUGUUGAGGUAAGCACAGUGUGUGAUCGAUGUGGUGGAGUCCAAACGCUGACGGGCCAAAGUGACAGCCGCCAGUUUCUGUUCCCCUCUAACUGUUUUUAUGGUCAAGACUUUGUAAUCUUUCUUGGUUUUAAUUUCUAAAUCGAGUUUUACUUUCUCGUGUUUGCAGAUAAAGGCUUUUUUUAGAUAUCUGUGAUGGUGACAGCAGUGGCCUCUGAUUCUGUUAUUUUAUAAAUAUAAAACUGAUAAUACGACGCGUUUGAGACAUAUUAGCUGCAUGUUUUUAGCUGGAGAUGUCACAGGCUGCGCUCUUAUGAAAAUCUUUAACCUCAAACAUUAAUAAGUAGGAUUAAUGCGUACUUAUUGCAGUAUUGCUCCACUACGGUUAAAUAGACCAGUUGCACAAAGGUGCCAACGCCCUCGUCCUUUGUUGUUGGAUCAUUAUUUUUACACAUCAUCGCCAUGUUGAUCCUUUAGUCCAUAAAUGAGUGUUGGCUCUGACGCUCCACGGUAACGCUCCACGGUAACGCUCCACGGUAACGCUCCACGGUAACGCUCCACUGUGAGCCGUUCACGUAUGUUUAAAUAGUCACGUGCGUCUACUUUAUGAGACGAACAGCAGAUGGCGCCAAAUUCAAACGAGCUGCUUCUUUGAUUUCAGAGGACAGAAAUAAAAAUUGCUGUGAAAUUAGCCAAAACAAAAUGUUUUGCGUGUUGGUGCUCGUUUAGCAGAUAUAAGCUGCGGUGCGGUGCCAACUCCCCUGCUUUACUCUUUGGUUGACACUAACAUCAGCCUUUGGACUCGGACCAAUCCCACGUGUACUUUAUGUGUGUGAAUGUGUGUGUUCUGCACUGUUAUUCAAGUGGUUCAAGUCGAUGUUCCUCGUUCACGUGGCUGCCUUUUCUGUUAAUGACUGAAGCGAUCGACUGUUUGAACUGUCUGACAGCGUCAGCUGUGCCAUAAGAGCCUCUCCUCUGCUCCCUUCUUGUAGUCGUCCUAACGAUCUCUGCCCAUAUCGCUGAACAACCUUUUUGCUGGACUUCAUUUUCAGCUCCGCAUUUCACACAUUUCCUCCAGGAGCCUCACGAAUCGAGGGCCGUCCUCUCGCUGGAGGGAAUGCUUCAAAAUCAUGAAACGGGAGAAAACAGAAGCCGACUGAUCAUCACUGAAUUCCAGGUGUUGUGCUUUUCCAGGACAUUCCUCUUCACUGCAUCAUUCUUGUUGUACAAAGCAGUUUAAUGUCGGAGAGAGCUCGCCGUCUAUUAUGUGCACUAACGCAACACUGAUAUUUGAAACACUAUUUCAACGUGUGUUUGUUUGAACGUUGGUAGCUGAUGAUUAUUGAUGCUGUUGCACAUGCAGGCGCUGAGUCGGGUUACAGGUGUGUGGUUUACAGGUGGCUGUAGCGCCACAGUCCUGUUACACUGGGAGGGAGGGACUCCAGCGCCGUUUGCUGUACAGUAACUGUCUGAGCUGCAUUAAUAAAUUUCAGUUUUUCUCUU